GCUAUGCAGAUGGUGCCUAAAUUCUGCUUCCCUUUUGAUGUGGAAAGGGAACCCCCCAGCCCUGCGGUACAGCAUUUCACCUUUGCCCUCACGGACCUGGCGGGCAACCGCAGAUUCGGUUUCUGCCGCCUGCGGGCUGGUGCCCACAGCUGUCUCUGCAUCCUCAGCCACCUGCCUUGGUUCGAGGUGUUCUACAAGCUACUGAACACAGUGGGAGACCUCCUAGCCCAGGACCAGGUCUCAGAGGCUGAGGAAGUUCUUCUAGAUCUGCUGAAGAAGCCCCUGCCUGGGUCCCAGGCCUCAGUGGAUCUAGAGCUGGGCAGCAGAGUGACGAUGUCCAGCGCGCACCAGCCACCUGCUCCCGGGAAUGGCAGGCCGCUUUCCUGCUUCGUGGCCCCGGAUUCCGGCCGCCUGCCAUCCAUCCCUGAGAACAGGAACCUAACGGAGCUGGUGGUGGCUGUGACCGACGAGAACAUCGUGGGGCUGUUCGCAGCACUCCUGGCGGAGAGGAGGGUCUUGCUCACCUCCAGCAAGCUCAGCACGCUGACGUCCUGCGUCCACGCGUCCUGCGGCCUCCUGCACCCCAUGCGCUGGGAGCACGUGCUGAUCCCCACGCUGCCCCCGCACCUGCUGGACUACUGCUGCGCGCCCAUGCCCUACCUCAUUGGAGUGCACGCCAGUCUCGCCGAGAAAGUGCGAGAAAAAGCCCUGGAGGACAUCGUUAUGAUGAACGUGGACUCCAACACCUUGGAGACGCCCUUCGACGACGUGCAGGCGCUACCCCCAGACGUGGUGUCCCUGCUGAGACUUCGGCUAAGAAAGGUCGCUCUGGUCCCCGGGGAAGGGGUGUCCCGUCUCUUCCUCAAAGCCCAGGCUCUGCUCUUCGGGGGAUACCGAGAAGCGCUCGUCUGCAGCCCGGGCCAGCCGGUGACCUUCAGUGAGGAAGCCUUCUUGGCCCAGAAGCCUGGCGACCCCCUGCAGGCCUUCCACCAGAAGGCGGUGCACUUGCAGCUGUUCAAGCAGUUCAUCGAAGGCCGACUGGAGAAGCUCAACAGGGGGGAAGGCUUCUCAGAUCAAUUUGAGCAGGAGAUCACCUGCUGCGGGGCCUCCUCAGGUACAAUUCGCUCCUAUCAGCUCUGGGCAGACAACCUAAAGAAAGGUGGCGGCGCCCUCCUGCAUUCCGUCAAGGCCAAGACCCAACCAGCCGUCAAGAACAUAUACCGCUCGGCCAAGAGUGGCUUAAAGGGUGUUCAGAGCCUCAUGUUCAAGGAUAGGGACUCUGCCUUCCAGAGGGGGGGCUCCCUGAGGGCCCUCAGCCACUCAGAUCGCCUGCAACAGCGUCGACCCAUCAUUCAGCACUUUGGACAGAACAGGCCCCUUCGCCCCAGCAGGAGGCUCCGCCUAGAAGAAGGACCUUCUGAGCCCCGAGGGGAGGGGACACCCCCUCUGAGUCCCGAGGGCGCCCAGGGCCUGUGGGCAGAGGAAGCUCUGGACAGCAGUUUCCUGGGGUCUGGGGAAGAACUGGACCUGUUGAGCGAGAUUCUGGACAGUUUAAGCAUGGAAGCCAAGAGCGCAGGCAGCCUGCGACCGAGCCAGAGUCUAGACUGCUGUCACAGAGGGGACCUGGACAGCUGCCUCAGCCUGGUGAGAGUGCGCACCCCAUCCCAAUCUUCCCCGCCCCACCCAACUCGCCAGCCCCUGCCCCAUCUAAAGGCCAGCAACUUGCCGUCCCUCCACCCCGCCCAGCCCAACAUACCAGGAAGAGCAGGAUGGCAACCGGAUGAGGAGAAACCCUCCGAGCCUCAGCCCCUGUCCCUGCCUAUGCACCUGCUGUCCCUGCAACACGCCCAGCCUUUGGAUGACACCUCAAAGAACCCCGAUCCCCAGCUACCCUCAGAGGCCGACCAAGAAGUCACCUCUUCAUCCCAGUCCUGGACAGCGUCUGCAGACCCAAGCAGCCAAGGGGACCCGGAAUCCUCCCCUUUCACAGAACCGCUAAUCCUUCAUCUCGCCCCUCCCCCCAAAGCGGCUGAAGAUUCUAGAGCCCAGGAGAGCUCCUGCUCCUCGAUCCCCACAGCUCCCACCCAGCCCAACCCUCCAGAAAGCCCCCCACUUCUGGCCCCCACAAAGCCUAACUCUGACAUCGCUUGGACGUCCCAGCCCCUGCAUUCUUCCUCGGGCCCCAGUGCUCCGGAGACCCCCACGGCCCAGCCUCCCAAGGUCCUGCUAGCAAGGCAUGCUCACCUCCAGCCACCCGAGGGGCAGGGAGCCCCUGACCCCCCUGCUGCACCCACCAGCAGCUGGCAAGAACCCCAGGCCAGGAGCCGGCCCAGAGUCGCUGACCUAAAGAAGUGCUUUGAGGGUUAAAGAUCAGGGGUCCAGAGGACACCCCAGUCCCUCAAUAAAGCCACAAGAGCCCACAGCUGGUUUUUCCUGGUGAGUUUAUCUGGGGCCCUCUCUGUCUGCUCAGAAACCCACCCCAACCAUCUCCCUCCCUCAAGGGGCAUCUGAAACUCCCUAGGGGGGGCAUUCCAGGAAGUCCCCUAUCUGGUCCCCUAGGACCCUUGUCACCUUACAAGUCACCUCUGCAUUUGCUUUGUCCAUCUAGGUUAAUGCCCCCACCAGCUCAAAGAAAGCUUUUAUUAUAUCUCAC